CGCACGGCGGAGGGAUAGAGAGACAGGGAGAGAGAGAGACUAGGUGGUUCCGGGGCGGUGCUUCGGUCUCAGCUGCUCCUCUUCAGUCCCAUUAGCGAGCAGCGGAUGAAUGGCGACGCACGUACUUUUUAAAAAAAAUUUUUUUUUUUGACACGAGGACCAAGACUGCUGUCUGGAAUCUGAAAAGGCCGGAUUAUUAUUCCAAUUAUUGCUUUUAUUUUCCUGCAUAUGUAUUUAUUUAUUUGGUGUGCUUAACGGUGGUAUUUUUUUUAAAUCUACCGUUCCCGGGGAUUUGUCUCCAUUCGCCAUCACUCUCGGAAGCUGCUGGUGUUGAAAUGGCUCCUGGAGAACGGCGAGGUCGUGUCGAGACAUUUGUGGAAUAAUCUUGACGCUUUUUUUUUUUUUUUAACCCUCUCCCGCUCUAAAAUCGCCCACAAAGCCGCCGAAAUGCGCCUCUUUUUAAACCAGUCAACCACAUGAGUGGAGUCUAAAGCGACACUUCUCAUUCACACCCAUCCCUCAUUUUCUUUCAAACACACUGCAGUCAUCGUGCUGGUAAAAUAUGGAAAGUGAGGUUUUUAGCCCCCUGCUGGAGCACUUCAUGGUGUCGCCUCUGGUCUGCUGGGUGAAGACGGUGGGGCACCCCCCGGUGACAGAUGGCAGCAAACUGUCAGAAUAUGUGCAAUUGGUGGAUGGUGUUUACCUCAACGAGGUCAUGUUGGAGAUCAACCCCAAGGCUGCAGUGCAGAGGACCAACAAGAAGGUGAACAACGACUCCACGCUGCGCAUCCAGAACCUUUCCAUUCUCAUCAGGCAGAUCAAAGCCUACUAUCAGGAGACCCUCCAGCAGCUGGUGAUGAUGCCGCUACCCAACGUGUUGGUCCUGGGUCGGAACCCUCUCACCGAGCGAGGGCUGGAAGAGAUGAAGAAACUCUUGCUGCUGCUGCUGGGCUGUGCCGUGCAGUGUGAGAAAAAGGAAGAUUACAUCGAACGCAUCCAGACUCUGGAUUUCGACACCAAAGCUGCCAUCGCCUCCCACAUACAAGAGGUGACGCACAACCAGGAGAAUGUGGUGGACCUGCAGUGGCUGGAGAGCGGGGAGCUGCCAGUUGAGGGCCUGGAGAACCUGUCCAGGAACCUGGCCUUUCAUCUCAAACACGUGGUGGACGACAGGGACAUGCAGCUCGAGACUAUCGUGGAGUUGACCCAAGAGAGGGACUGCGUUCAGCUGUCCCCGCUGUCCGCCGGUCCGGCCCAAUCGCCCAACGGCUCCCCCAGUAUGAGGAGGACGGAGAGCCGGCAGCACCUGUCCGUGGAGCUGGCUGAUGCCAAGGCCAAGAUCAGACGUUUGCGCCAGGAAUUAGAAGAGAAGAGCGAGCAGCUUUUGGACACGCGGCAAGAGUUGGAAAACAUGGAAACGGAGCUCAAGAGGAUUCAGCAGGAGAGCUAUCAGCUUCUGUCGGACGCUCGCUCCGCCCGGGCGUACCGUGACGAGCUGGACGCCCUUCGGGAGAAAGCCAUCCGUGUGGACAAGUUGGAGAGCGAGCUGAGCCGCUUCAAGGAGAGACUUCACGACAUAGAGUUCUUCAAGGCCAGAGUGGAGGAGUUGAAGGAGGACAACCAGGUCUUGCUGGAGACCAAAACCAUGCUGGAGGAGCAGCUGGACGCCAGCAGGAGCCGAUCGGACAAAUUACACCUCCUGGAGAAGGAGAAUCUGCAGCUGAAAUCCAAAAUCCACGAUCUGGAGAUGGAGAGAGACUUGGACCGCAAGCGAAUGGAGGAACUGUUGGAGGAGAAUCUGGUGCUGGAAAUGGCCCAGAAACAGAGCAUGGAUGAGUCGUUACACCUGGGCUGGGAGCUGGAACAACUGUCCAAAACACCAGAGCUCAUCGAGGCCCCUCAGAAGUCCCUCGGCGAAGAAGUGAACGAUCUCACGUCCAGUCGCCUCCUGAAGCUGGAAAAGGACAAUCAAACGCUGCUGAAAACGGUGGAGGAGCUCCGAGGAGGCGUCGGUCCGGACUCUGUGACCAAACUGGGCAAAGUUAGCCAGGAGAACCAAAGACUUAACCAAAAAAUGGAGCAUCUGGAAAGUGAACUGGCGACAGAAAGAGAGUCACUCCGCAGCGCGGAGUCUUUGAGCACGGACCUGAUGAAGGAGAAGGCCUUGCUGGAGAAGACCCUGGAAACGCUGAGGGAAAACUCCGAGAGACAGCUGAAGGGUCUGGAACAGGAGAACAAGCACCUGAGCCAGACGGUGUCAUCCCUGCGCCAGCGAAGCCAGGUCGGUGCCGAGGCUCGCGUCAAGGACGUGGAGAAGGAGAACCGAAUCCUCCACGACUCCAUCUGCGAAACCACGGGCAAGCUCAACAAGUUGGACUUCGAGCGGAAACAGAUGAGGAAAGAACUGGAGGCCAUGAAGGAGAAAGGCGAGAGAGCAGAGGAGUUGGAGGUUCUGCUACAGAAGCUGGAGAGGGACAACGAGAGCCUGCAGAAGAAAGUGGCCAGCCUGGGAAUCACAUGCGAGAAGGUGUCGGCAUUGGAGAAGGAGAACACCGACCUGGAGGCGGAGAGCCGGCGCCUCAAGAAGAAGUUGGACGGUCUGAAGAACAUGGCUUUCCAACUGGAGGCGCUGGAGAAAGAGAACUCACAGCUGGAGCAGGAGAACCUGGAGGUGCGACGCUCGGCCGAGAGCUUCCGAUCGGCCGGGGCCAAGGCCGUGCAGCUGGAGGCCGAGAACAGGGAGCUGGAGAGCGAGAGGAGCCAACUCAAGCGCAGCCUGGAGCUCCUCAAGGCCACCACCAAGAAGACGGAGAGAUUAGAGGUGAGCUACCAGGGCCUGGAUACGGAGAACCAGCGCUUGCAGAAGGCGCUGGAGAACAGCAGCAAGAAGAUCCAGCAGCUGGAAGCUGAGCUGCAGGAGGUGGAAUCAGAGAACCAAACCCUCCAACGAAACCUGGAGGAGCUGAAGAUUUCCAGCAAGCGCCUCGAGCAGCUGGAGCAGGAGAAUAAGACGCUUGAGCAAGAGAGCUCUCAGCUGGAAAAGGACAAGAAGCUCCUGGAAAAGGAGAACAAGCGGCUGAGGCAGCAGGCCGAGAUCCGCGACUCCAAGCUGGACGACAGCAACCAGCGCAUCUCCUCGCUGGAGAAAGAGAACCGCACCAUGGGCAAGGAGAUGAUCUUCUUCCGGGACUCGUGCACGCGCAUCAAAGACCUGGAGAAGGAGAACAAGGAGCUCGUCAAACAAGGCACCAUCGAUAAGAGGACUCUCAUUGCGCUCAGAGAGGAGCUGGUAAGCGAGAAGCUGCGCACGCAGCAGAUUAACAAUGACCUUGAAAAACUGACACACGAACUCGAGAAGAUGGGCCUGAAUAAGGAAAGGCUGCUCCUCGACGAGGACUCCGACGACAGGUUUAAGCUGCUGGAAAGCAAGCUGGAGUCAACGCUGAAGUCCUCGUUGGAGAUCAAGGAAGAGAAGAUCGCCGCCCUUGAGGCCAGACUGCAGGAGUCGUCCAACCUCAACCAGCAGCUUCGGCAGGAACUCAAGACCGUGAAAAAGAACUACGAGGCUCUGCGUCAGAGGGAGGAGGAGGAGAGGAUGGUGCAGAGCUCGCCCCCUAGAGGCGGGGAGGACCCCCAGGCGGUCAGCAAAUGGGAGAAGGAGAGCCACGAGGCCACCAGGGAGCUUCUCAAGGUCAAGGACAGACUCAUCGAGGUGGAGAGGAACAACGCCACGCUGCAGGCGGAGAAGGCGGCGCUGAGGAGCCAGCUCAAACAACUGGAGACACAGAGCUCCAACCUGCAGGCUCAGAUCGUGGCGGUUCAGAGACAGACCGCCUCUCUGCAGGAGAACAACACCACGCUGCAGAUGCAGAACGCCAAGCUCCAGGUGGAGAACUCCACACUGAGCUCGCAGUCCGCCUCCCUGAUGGCGCAGAACGCUCAGCUGCAGGGCCAGCAGAGCAGCGUGGAAGGCGAGCGCGAGGGGGCGUUGCGGGAAAAAGAGGAGCUGAGGUCCACCUACGAGCUGCUCCUCCGUGACCACGAGAAGCUGGCGGCGCUCCACGAGCGGCAAGCGUCCGAGUACGAGACGCUCAUCGGCAAGCACGGCGGCCUCAAGACCUCCCACAAGACUCUGGAGCAGCAGCACCGCGACCUGGAGGACAAGUAUAAGCAGUUCUUGCAGAGGAAAGGAGAUCUGGACGAGCUGGAGAAGAACCUGAAGGAGCAACAAGAGAAAAUGUCCUCUGAGAACCAAGGUUACCGAGCCACGGCUGACCAGUGCAAACUGCUCAAAGAGGAAAACGAAAGACUGAACACGACAUACCGUCAGCUGCAGAAAGACAACGAGAACCUCCAGCUGGACCACAAGAACGUCAAGAGUCAGCUAAACGGCGCCAAGCUGGAGCAGACCAGGCUGGAGGCGGAGUUCUCCAAGCUGAAGGAGCAGUACCAGCAGCUGGACAUCACCUCCACCAAACUCACCAACCAGUGCGAGCUGUUGAGUCAGCUGAAGGGUAACCUGGAGGAGGAGAACCGUCACCUGCUGGACCAGAUCCAGACGCUGAUGCUGCAGAACCGCACUCUGCUGGAGCAGACCAUGGAGAGCAAAGACCUGUUCCAUGUCGAGCAGAGGCAAUACAUCGACAAGCUCAAUGAGCUGAGGAGGCAGAAGGAGAAGCUGGAGGAGAAGAUUAUGGACCAGUACAAGUUCUAUGAUCCUUCACCUCCACGCAGGCGCACCAACUGGAUCACACUAAAAAUGAAGAAGCUGAUGAAGCCCAAAAGCCGGGAGAGGAUGCGCUCCCUCACGCUGACGCCGUCGCGCUCCGACUGCGGCGACGGCUUCCUGUCCUUCCCCGCCGACAGCCAGGACAGCUCUUCGGUGGGCUCGGGGUCCAACUCGCUAGACGACACGCUCACGCACAAGAGGAGCAGCACCAUGAACGACUUGCUGCAGAGCAUGACGGCGACCGGGGGUCCCGGCGCCGACUGGGCGGGCAGCACCGAGAACCUGGACGGCGCUGAGGCGGCUGACGGGGGCGGCGCGCGGCGCAAUGGGGGCGGCGGCCAGCGCAUGAAGGAGCUGGCUUUCUCCACCAACGCCAUCGACUGUGCCGCCCUCACGCUGCCCUCCUCCGCCCAGAGGAGGGUCUCCCACAGGCUCCACGUCAAAGACAACACUUCUUGCGAGGACGUCGCGGGCUCCUCGGACGACCCAAAGAGUCAAGCCUCCAGACCCUCCAGUCUCCAUAGCAACAGGACCACCAGUAGUAAUAGUAACAAUAACUCCCAGCUCACCUCUCCUCUGGAGGGAAAAGGCACGUUGAGCGGCAGCGCGAGUCGUCCCCACAGCGAGAGCAGCGGCGAGUUCAGCUUGAGUUUGGAGCAGGAGGCGUGGUCCAGCAGCGGCAGCAGUCCCGUCCAGCAGCCGUCGUCGCGCUCGUCCCACCGCAGCCCCGGGCCCGCGCGGCACUCCCUGGAACCGCUGCCGGCCGCCACCCCCGGGUCCAUCAGGAAAACGGCGUCCCCGGGAAGCGAAGUGCUUUCCCUGCAGCAGUUCCUGGACGAGGGAAUCGACCCUGCCGAGUCGGGCAGUCAGGAAAACCUCACCGUGGACUCCCCCCGCCUCCCCGUUUCUUGCGAGCGCGCGCAGAAGGAUCGCCCCGCCGCCCGGGGCCGCGGCAUCCUGCGCUCGUCCAGCGGCAAAGCGCCGCCCGUCGCCGCCGACCGGCCGCCGCGCUCCUCGGGGCAACCGGGGCGCCCGAGCCUGCGCAAAGCAGAGAGCACCCGCGUGAGGGGCUCGGUGCGGCCCGGACUGUCCGCCCAGUCCCGGGCCACGUCGGUGUCGGAGCGUCUGGACCGGGCGUCGGCCUCCGGGUCGGCCUCCACCCUGCCCCGCGCUAGUAGCGUCAUCUCCACGGCCGAGGGCAGCUCGCGGCGCACCAGCAUCCACGACAUACUCUCAAAGGACAGCCGGCAGCCCGUGUCCGUCGACGGGGUCCAAGCCCCGCCCGCACCCAGUGAGUACACCCUAAAGGGACCCUCUAGUAGCGCCCCCUUGCCAAAGUCCCUCAGCUCACCGUGCCGCACCUCGGACGAAGCCGAGCUGCCCGCCCUCGAGUCCUUCCUGGGUCCCUCCUUCACCGCCGAAUCGGUCUUCAUGGACUCCAUCUUCAGCGAGUCGGCGGGCAAAAGCCUCCCCUUCCUCUCCCUCAACCCCUCCCUCGUCAGCAACAUCAGCGGACCCCCCGUCGCCUCUUACCAGCCGAGCCAAUCGGACGCCCCGUCGGGGUCCGGGGCCGAGCAUUUGGACGCGGAGGAGAAUCAGUCGUUGUGGUUCGAGUACGGGUGUGUGUGAUGGAGGGGGAGGUUCUGGCCCGCUGACGUGUGUCUGUUGGGUCUUUUUCUCUUGUUUUCGGGGUCCCCUGGUGCUGGAUUACAUUUUUUUAAAGGUUUCUGUUGUUUUGUUACAUUUUUUUUGCCGUCCACCAUUGUUUUCACCUGAAAUGAACUGGAUGCGUCAGUCGAUAGCCUGCACCCACCAGCUGAAAAUGAAGGACUACGACUCCCAACCCAAAAAUAAACGAAAAAGCCCAUGAAUGUCGCAGUAAUAUUCGUAAUAUGGCGGUAACUCCAUGCUUGAGUCGAGUUCCGCAUUGGCUUCAAGGAAGCUGAAAAAAAAAUGGAGCUGUGAUGGUGCUCUUAUCCGCACGCAUGUGGAUCACGAGUACCGUUUAACGGGACGAAUAGAAAAUGAGGAACACUCGAACACAAGAGCUUCUGUAGGUCCACAACUCACGUCCAGAACAUCACACUGAUCAAAAAAAAAAAAAAAAAGACUGGAUGGCUCAUUGGCCACCAAAACGAAAGUCUCCAUCCGCCAUCUUGAUACACCCAAAGCAAGCAUGCCGACCUGUGCAUUAAUUGCCAGUUUCGUGGCUGUGAGAAAACAUUCCACAAGUAAAUUAGAAAGAUUUACUUUGACACUGUUAGUUUGUAAAUGUUUUUUUUUUAUUUUCUGAUGAUCUUAAUUCACUUGAACAAAGUUUUGUUUACGGUUGUUGUUGUUCACUGUUCACUCUCUGCUUCACCUUUCUAGGCCGACGGUGUUUCACGAAAAACCAAUGUCAAUAUUUUCCCAAACUUCAUCAGUGGAUCACCAAGAAAACGCAUUUUCUGUGAAAAUUUUUGAUGAAUUUCAUAAUACAGAACUUUGCAAAUUGAAUUUGAUUUUCAAAUGAGAGAAAAUAAGUUGAAAUUUUCUAUCUGAAAUAGGAUGUCGCAGAAACAACAAAUGAACAAUGCGUUUAGCUUAGUUUAUUUGCCCAUUGCGGAUCCUUAUUUCCUUAUUUACUUAAAAUGUGAUGUUUUUAUGACAAAAAAGCUUAGUUUUUAUGAUGGUAGUGAUUCACAGCGUAUUUUGGGAAAAGUUGAUGUCAUGGAAGUCGGACCCUAGGUAAUAUGCAAGGUUUCUUGCUCGUCACGGUGUUCUAUUCUUUCCUUUGCACUUCUCCUUUUUUCGCUUACCAAAAAUCCUUCAUGUCACCAGAACCGAUAAAAAUAUCAAGCUCACGUGACCAGUUUUAAUUCUGCAUGCCAAACUUUGAGGAAAAACCCCGCCAUACUUCAACCUGUAAAUCAUGUCUUACACGUUUUGGGAGUACCAAGAUGGCGGCCAGCUGGCUUCAACCAAUCGACAUUGCUCGAUGUUUAUGCGCUAUCCAGUCUUUUUUUUUUUUUUUUUUUUUAGAUCAGUGGCAAUACCCGACCAGUCCAACUUCUGCUCCUGAGGUCACUCACUAGGCCCCGCCCUUUAAAGGCACACAGCCAACACACAAACACUUCAGUUGUACACUAUGUAGCAUAAGUGCAGUUUCGUUUAAAUUUUUUUUGUCACAGAAUGAAUGAAAAUCUUGCGGCACGGUACGAGUGUGUUGACACUCUUCACCAUUUGGGUCACUGGGAUCAAAAUAACCCCCCACACCCCUUCAUUUACGUUUCUUCCUCUGGAAAGCGGGCUUGUUCUUUGGUCAGACUCGUGUGAGGAUGAGCGACUGUUCAAGUCGUCCAAGCUAGGAACAAAUGUUUAUUAAUAAACAGGCUGCCAGUUAUUAUAAAUGAAAGUUAGCGCAGUGAUGAGGCCGGUUUGUUUGCGUAUGGGAUUUGUGGGUGAUGUGAAAAUAGAAUUGUUGGAUAGUGGGACUGGUGCAGGGUGGGUGACCAGUCAUAUUUUUCAAGGGCCUCAGAAAAUAUGAUGGGAGAAAUCUUUACUAUUCAUACACGCUGAGCAUUUGGGGGCCCAUCGGUUGCCCACCCCUGCGCCGAUUCAGGAAAAAUUGCAUCGGGCGGCUCGAGUGAAAGUGACCACGAAAGAAAAGAAAGUUGACAAAGAAAUUGAGUGCAGCGACGAGGUUUGUUGUCGACGUACGUAUCCGAUUUCCCCCAGGAAAGUGGACUCCGUAGGCCACCAUCCAAGUCAAGAAAAAGCCAUUAAAAUGACGUUGCUGGAAUGUUCCGCCAAAUAUGUUGAUCACGUCAAAGAUCUAUUUUGAGAAAAUACAGUGGUGCCUUCACUUGCGAGAUUAAUUUGUCACGUGACCACAAACGCUUGUUCAAGAAAAAAGUUUGGGCAUUGUGACUUUAUGCUUUAAUUCACUGUGCUGCUACUUCUGGUGUGCCAUGGCCACCAGAGGGCAGUAUACUACAUAUAUUAAGUACUGUACAUAAGACUGACGUACAGUAAUUGCUAAACGUCAGUAAUAUUAGUGCAGAGAAUGGAAAAAAAAUAUGCUGUAUGUUUUUCCUCAUCAUGCCUCACCCUUUGAUCGUCUGUAAAUCGAAGUACCACAACAUCUAUGCUAGUUUCGUUAGCCCGUGUAUGGCAUUUCCCGUUAGUUAUUAGCAUUAAACUAGCAGACUUUUGCAUGUUUUGAGCCAUUUUUGAAUAUCUUCUGUCUGUUGCCACCGUCUUGCAUUUGUAUCUAAAAUUUGUAUAUAUAAAAAAAAAAUCACUCAUGAGUUGAGGUACCACUGUAUUCUAAAAAGAGCAAAAAUGUUUUUGUGUGUGUGUGUGAAUUGUGUCAACGUGCCAUUUUGACCUGCAGCAUCCCUUUUUUUUUUUUUUUUGUCAAGUUGACACUCUUGUAGAUAUUAAAUUAUAAUCGUAGACGAGCGGCUGUCGGCUUCGCGACCGGUUCCACGCGCUUAUUUAUUCCCCCGUCGCUGGCAUUUCGGUGUGUGUUUGCUUUGUGUGUGUAACGACGUUGCUUUAUCCUGCAGAUGUGGAGGGCAGAAAGUCCAAAAGCAGAAGUGGCGAGUGCUAAAUCCCCACGCGUGGUGAGUGCGUGCGUGCAGGCAUGGGGGUGGAGGGGGAUGCUUGUUGCCAUGGGAACCUCAGGCGGGAUGUAACCAAUGUCAUCCAUUUUCCCUGCGAACCACCCCAAAUAACUUUUUUUUUUUUUUGGUGCACCUACCUGUCCUACUUCCUACUUGUUCCCAUGACAACGCAUGUAGUUCCCGGCUGGCUGGAUGGCUUUUACUUCCUGCUUCCUGUUUUUCCCUUCAUCGUCACCUUCUCACAAUUUCUCCUUCAUAGGUUUCUUUCCAGUGCACAGAUUUCCCAAACUCCACCCCCCACCCCACCCCCACGCCAUCUUCAAUCAAAUUUAUGAACACUUCCUGUUGAUUUAAAUCGGGGGCGGAAAGGUCAUUUUUGUCGGGGACCGCAUAUCCGGGACGGCCGUAUCGACUGUGACGCUAUGUAACCGUUUCAUCUCGUCGUCAUGGUAUUAAAUAUACACGACAAAUUGACGGCGAACUAGUUUUGAAAUCGGAAAAAGGAGUUUGGUCGCAAACUGGGGUGGGGGGGGUCAAUCUUAUUUACUACAUUUGACAAUUUGAAAAUUUGGUACAGAUUUUGACAAAAUAUUUUAUGCAAAUGAUUUGGUGGGCUUUGAUUUGGACACCUGCGAUUUAAAUAAUUGGAGUUAAUGUGCUAUAUAUUGAUUGACUGAAAUGGUAUAAUGAGAUUGUACGAAUCUUUUUUUUUUUUUUUUUUUUUAAAUUACCCAUUUGAGUACCGUAAUUUUCAGCCUAUAAGCUGCGACUUUUUUCGCACGCUUUCGACCCUGUGGCUAAUUUGCGAAUUUUUUUUCUGGCUGCAAGGUGGCGCUCAAGUGGAAAAGGUAAGAGUGAGACCAGUGGAAUAUAUGUGCUGAGGAAGUGACUUUUACCGGUCCGGUCCUAUGAGCACUGCCCUAGCGCGUUACUGCCGUGUCUCUGUGAUUUUUACCAGUUUGUUUUUGUUUUUUUUUUUUACUGGCCCUGUUAGCGUGGCGGUGCUACCGCUAGUGUUAACAUGAUGGCGCUAACGCUAAUGUUAGUGCGGCAGCGCUAGUGCUAGUGCAGCGGUCUCCAAUGCAGUGCCCACGGGCAAAUGGUAGCCCCCGAGGACCAUAUAAGGUGCCCGCGAGGUAUGUUCUACAAAUACCAUUGGCCACAUAUUACUAUUAUUUGUGCUUUAAAUUCUGAAUCUGACUUGCUUACGUGAAUUAAAAUUUUCAAAUACCUGUAAUGUAGUUUACUACAAUAAAUUAAAACAAAUAUUUUAUGAAGGUGUAAUGAACUGAGUCUGACAUUUGCCGCAAACGGGUCAAGUAGCCCUUCAUACGAUCGGUGCUCACGAAGUAGCCCUCAGCCUCAAAAAGGUUGCUGAGCCCUGCGGCUAGUGUUAGCCUGGCGGCGCUAGCGCUAGUGUUAGCUGAGUGAAUGAGUCUCACUGAGACGUGGCAGUAACACGCUAGCGCAGCACUAACAGGGCAGGACCGGUAAAAGUCACUUCCUCGGCACAUAUAUUCCACCGGUCUCACUCUCUGUGUACCGUCUUUCUUUGUAAAUAUCUCGUGUUUCUGUGUGGGCACUUGCGGCUUUCUAUGUAUGUACCAAAUGGUAUUUCCUUUCUAAACGUACUGGGUGAAGCUUAUAACCAGGUGCGCUCUGUAGGCCAGGGAAUUACAGUAAAUGUCAUUUACGAUAGGGCUUGAAAUUUUUUGAUUACCAUAGCGUUGACACAUACAUGGAUAAUAUCCGGACAUGAUUUUCUAAGCAAUAUGAACAGCUGGCCAUGUUGGGUCCCUGAGGCCCAAUUUGGGAAAUCUCUGCUCUGGCGUCUCCUGUUUGUUUGACUUGCAUGUUGUCUCUAAUCUGCUCUCUUCAUCUGUCUGCUCUUCUUCUUCUUCUUCUUCUUCUUCUUGACUUGCCGGGGACUCACUAGGUGGUCUUGGAGGUCUGAAGCCUGGUAGACAGCCGGCGCGUAUACUGCGAGGAAAACGAUUGUAAAAUCUCACCAUUUUUGCUGAGUUCUCUCCCAACCUUUCUGUCGAGAAAAUGGCUUCCCUCUGUUUUGUUUUUCUUCCUUGAAUCAAGGAAACGGACCAAGAAACACCUGUUGCCCCCCCCCCCUCUCUCUCGCCUCCCCCCUACUUUUUCCCGUGUCCUCCUCUGCUGUGAUGGGCACUACUCUUUGUAAAGUUGACAGUUCAAGUGCCAAAUCACAGCCAGCCCAAUCACCCCUCAAAAAUAAAAAUCCCCCAACAACAAACCCGACCUGGACGAUUCCUUUCGGAUCUUCUGUGAACUUGAAUCAGGAACGACGUGUGUUCUGUACGUUCAGCAUGUGGACCUAAAUGUUCCAUAAGUGCGCACAGCGGAGCAAUCAGCAGACCAAUCAGAACGCUGUCCCGUCCCGUUGGAUCGGGAAACUCCGUGAGAGUCCCGCGUAUGUGUGCAGUGGAUAUAAAAAGUCCACACACCCCUGUUCAAAUCCCACGAUAAAUCACUGAAACUUUCCUCACCAUUUGUGUGGCCUAUAACCAGUAAAAAAAAAAAAAAAAAAAACUUGGGUAAUGUUUGCAUAAGUGUGCACACCCUCCUCGAACUGGGAUGUGUCUGUGUUGGGAAUUUACCACUCAGUUAUUUCAGCCUGUCGAAUGAAAGUCAGCCCACACCGGCCACAAUUUAAAGUGCCUCUGAUUAACCCCGAGUUCAGAUGUUCUAGUAGGCUUUUCUAGACAAUUGAAGCAGAUAAAUGUUUUGUGCUGGAAAAAAAGUUCAAAAUCUUUUUUUAACAUAACAAACGCCUGGUGUUUGAAUAGGGGUGUGUCGACUUUUUAUAGCAGUUGUGUGUGUGUGAGGGAUGCUUCCACAAUGUACCAUUUUAACGAUCGCCUCAUUAUUCCCACAAAGUGUUUGUCAUCUUGCACUCUGGACGUCCUUAAAAGCACACAAAUACACACACUUCCUGAAAACCGGGUGCAUUACUGUUGCUAUGGCGAUGUUUCCCUCCUUUACCACUUUUACAUAAACUCACUUAAUGUAAUUAAAAUUCAUCAAUUAA